GUGCUUAUGGGGGACGUGAAGGAUAGGAAGUGGCCGUUAGUAAUGGAGGCGUUGUUCGCGCGUGCAGUUUUCUUCCCGAGUCUGGGUUAUAACAUCUUCAUGUCGAAGGUGUGGGGCCGGCAUUGGUAUGACCGCAUCGAUCGGACUGUCAUCAUCGGGGCGCUACCUUUCCGCUCACUCACCGAUGAGUUAGUAAAGAAAGAGAAUGUUCGAGGAGUGAUAACCAUGACUGAAGACUAUGAAACCAAAUUUUUUGUGAAUACAACAAAGGAAUGGGAAUCCUUUGGCGUGGAACAGUUGCGUCUCAGCACAGUUGAUAUACUUGGAGUACCAAAAUUAGAAGACCUGAGAAAAGGCGUUGAUUUUCUUACUAAACAUCGUAAAAAUGGAACCAGUGUCUAUGUACACUGUAAGGCUGGACGAUCACGCAGUGCCACUAUGGUGGCAGCAUAUUUAAUUAAUCUGCAUCACUGGACUCCAAAGAAAGCCUGUGAUUAUAUUGCUUCAAUCAGACCUCAUAUUAUAAUUCGUAGUGGACAGUUUAAAAUUUUGAAGAGCUAUUAUGAUGAUCUGUUCCCAGGAGAACCAGACAUACUGUUCGAAGCAAAACGCUCUGCAGCUUUCAAGUAGUGCAGCACAACAUUUGUGGACAUUGAAAUGCUAAUAUCCUCAAGUGACUGAAAGGUUUAAAAGCGAGAAUGAUAACUGGCAAGAAUAUGGUUAAAGUGGCCACUUUCUGUGAUCAGCAGACACCAGUUGGUUUGUUUUUGUUUGUGUAGCAUGAAAGGCAAUGUUGUACAGUUGUACUAAUGUAAAUAUCAAUCAGCUUUGAAUUUUUGUUUAUAAAUAGCAAAUAUCUCAACAAUGUCAAAGUAACUUAUAGACCAAGCAGGAUAGUUCUUUGAAGAAAAAUUCAGACACCCUGGAAACUUGAUGCUCUUACAUUUAAAUUUCAUUGGAAAUUAAUUAACAACAAUUUAUUGAGCUAGGUGUCAAUUGUACAUUUAAAUGCUGUAUUGCAGUGUUUAAGGAGAUAGCUUGGGUUAGUAAAGAAUCUUUUGUUUUUCUUUUUUUAAAAAAAAAUUGUUGUAUGGAACUAACUUGCCAUCUGUCCAUUGGAAAAGAACAGUAAAAUAACAGCAUUUGUCAUUAAUGAGGUUUAAGUGUUGGCUGAGCUUUGUUAACACCAUAAUUCCAUGUUCUCAGCAAGGAGCUUUGUCUUGCAAAAAGCUUUGACCUGAUCCUGCUAAAGGUAUGAGAUUGAAGUAUUACUCUGGAAAAAGUACCCAUAAGCAAAAUCUAGUUAUGACCUGUACUAUGUAAAAAUGUAUUUCACUGAGAUGCAAUUAAAAUCCUUUUAUGUUUUGUA